UUGCCCGCUUUGGGUUUUUUUUUUUCCUGGUCCCAGAUGACUUCCUACAUCUCAGCCUGGAUUUGGAGUGAGAGGUUUUGGUUCCCCGAAAAUGUUACAUGGGCGGACCUGGAGCGUCCGCCACCUGGUGUGGAGUAUCCCCGGCUGGGACACUUAAUGUACGCAUUUCCCCUGGCUGUUGGGGUUUUUCUACUACGGCUGCUUUUUGAAAGGCUAGUGGCCAAGCCCUGUGCCCACAUACUUCAGAUUCAAGCGGGAGUGCCUCGCCGAGCUCAGCCCAAUGAUGUCCUAGAGAGGGUGUAUCAAUCCAAAAUGAGUCCAGACACGAGACAACUGGAUGGACUCUCCAAGCAGCUGGACUGGGAUGUGCGGAAACUACAGAGAUGGUUUCGCAUCCGCCGGAACCAAGAUAGACCCAGUACGCAGAUAAAGUUCUGUGAGAGCAUGUGGCGAUUUACAUUUUACUCUGGGAUUUUCAUUUAUGCCAUGCAGCAUUUGUGGGUGUCGCCUUGGAUGUGGGAUGUCAGAAAGUGUUGGCACAACUAUCCUUUUCAGGCUAUUAGCUCCGGACAGUACAACUACUAUGUAGCUGAACUGGCUUUCUAUUGGUCUCUGAUGUUUUCCCAGUUCAUAGACAUUAAACGUAAGGAUUUCGUGAUCAUGCUUGUCCACCACCUGGCCACCAUAAUGCUCAUCACGUUCUCCUAUACCAACAACAUGAUAAGAGCCGGCACUUUGGUCAUGGUUGUGCACGAUGCAUCCGACAUCUUCCUUGAGGCUGCCAAGUUGGCCAACUAUGCCAAGUACCAGAGGCUCUGCGAUGGCCUGUUUGUGGUGUUCAGCAUAAGCUUUUUCAUCUCUCGACUUGUCAUAUAUCCUUUCUGGAUUGUUUACACUGUCCUAAUUGACAGCUGGGAGAUCAUUGGGCCAUACCGGGCCUGGUGGUUACUCAAUGGGCUGCUAUUGGUGCUGCAGACUCUUCACAUCAUCUGGUUCUACCUCAUCGCUCGCAUUGCCAUCAAAGCCAUAUUCAAGGGAAAGGUGUCAAAAGACGACCGCAGUGACAUUGAGAGCAGCUCAGACGAGGAGAUGAACUCAAAUAACAGGAAAACUCCCAGUCAGACCCUGAAACCAAAGGAUGGCGGUCACACUGGUAACCUCAAUGGAGAAACACAUGACCACUGUGUACAAUGAGGGAAUAUUUACCACCAGUGUAUAUUUUGUUCACUACCUGUGUGUCCCAACUUGUCAAUUUGACCCGCUGAGAAGAAUUGUUUUUUUCUUCCAAUUAGAAAAAGUUAAGAUGCUAAGUUGUUCAGAUGGAGUGAUUACUUGGAUAUGGGGGAGGUCCAUAUGUGGAAUACAGACUUGACAUUGUCUGACUGUGUCAGGUUUACACUGUGUGAGGUUUACAUCUGCUUUCUGCUUACAGGAGUAGACAGAGAAAUGUGUGUGGUCUGUCUACACCUCGCUGUGUGUGUGUGUGUGUGUAUGCGCAGGUGUGUUUGCGCGUGUGUGUUCAAAGUUAGAAAAUUGCAGCAAGUGCAAAUCUACACUGCUACAGUUAAAAACUAAUUUUAUACAUGUAAAUAGACUUUAUUUGUGAACUGGUAAUAUAUUACACAGCUGUAAAACAAAUCACUGCAACUGCCUUACUGAAUAUACUGUAUAUCUCCUAUACUGCCAAAGAUUUCUUAAUAAAACAUUGUUGUAUCAAA